AUGGCAAGUGGGGAGAAAGGAGUUGCGAUGCAGCAUGGCUUGCAGCCACCGCCGUGCUUGCAAGUUGGCCUAGCACGGCUGCUAGCCGGAGUCAAAUGGGUGCUGCGUUGCAGCAUGCUCGGGCGUGGUGAGCUCGCUAGUGUUUUGGUACAAGCUGGCCAGGCGUGGCUGCUCGCGGGAGCCAAUUUGCAUCAUGCUAUUUGGCAGCAAGCUGGCCGGCGCAGCUGCUGCAAGCGAGCUCAGUGCGAGAGAGCCUUCGUGACCUGCCUGCACUACUCUCCUGUCCUCGUCAACUCCGCCAGCAGCUUCGAAUUCCGUCCCCCAGACCUGCUCGCUUCGCCAUGCCGGCCACCGUACUCAGGCAGCAACUCAACGCCCCCACAUGUACGCCAUGGGGAUUCUGGACGAAUAUUACCAACAGCUGCAGUCGCCGCAGGACGAGAGCUUCCUCCCCGAGGUCAUCAACAUCUUCCUCCACCAUGCCGACAGGAUGCUCAACGACAUCACCAGCCUUCUGAACCUGCCCGUUGUGGACUUCGACGUGGUGCGCGAACUGGUGCAUCAGCUCAAGGGGACCAGCUGCAGGUGAUUUGCUACUUCAUCGAUGUCAUGCGAUUCAAAUGUGUUUGUCACGGGCAUACUGCCGUUGGUGUUGUUUGCGCUAUCGUGUAACCAUAAGUACAAGUGUCGAGUUUAAUUUUAUUUGGUGCAGUACCGGUAUUCAUCCAACUGUAAUGUUAUGGCUCGACGAGAAAUACAAACUUUGUCGCCUUGCGAGCCUUCCUGGUAUUAGCUAGUGAUAUACUAUUCAGCGUAACGGCGAUGGUGGAUCUUCUGGUCUAUCCACAUUCUAUUCAGAU